AAGGCACCGAAGUUUGGCCGACAAUUGCGGACAACACUCGCGAUGUGUCCAACGGGUGGCCAACUGUUGUGCCGCAGGUGUGAGAGCACGACAGCGACGGCCACACAAUCGGGUGACCACUUGUCGGCCGACAAGUUUGAGGAGAGGCCGCAGUUUCCCGGCUCGAGGUCUCAGUGGACACAAGAGUUGAAAUUCAUUGAUCCCAACGAUUACGACGGGAUUCCCGUCUAUCGGGUGGUCGACAAUAGCGGCAACUCUUGCGUACAGGACUUACAAGAGUUGGACACACGGCUGGACAGAGAUCUACUCAUACGACUAUAUCGGGGAAUGGUAAAACUGGAUCAAAUCGAUACAGUCCUAUACAACGCCCAAAGACAGGGCCGGAUCUCCUUCUACAUCACGAGCCACGGCGAAGAGGCCACUCAUUUCGGACCGGCGGCCGCUCUCGAGGCCGACGAUAUGGUCUUUUGCCAGUAUAGAGAGGCCGGUGUACUGAUUUGGCGCGGGUUUACCAUUGAUAAUAUGCUGAACCAGUGUUUUGGCAAUCGUAAAGAUUUGGGAAAAGGCCGCCAAAUGCCCAUUCAUUACGGCAGCCGUGACUUGAAUUGCGUGACCAUUAAGUCGACGCUGACGUCGGAAAUGGUGCACAGCGUUGGGUCGGCGUAUGCGCUGAAACGGCAACAGAAGGGCCGUUGCGUUCUCUCCUACUUCGGCGACGGCGCCGCCUCUGAGGGCGACGCUCACGCGGCCCUCAACUUCGCCGCCACUCUCGACACGCCUAUCAUUUUCUACUGCCGUAACAAUGGUUACGCCAUAUCGACGCCAACCACUGAGCAAUACCGGGGCGACGGUAUCGCGGCGAGAGGACCGGCGCUGGGAAUACCCACCAUUCGCAUCGACGGCAACGACAUUGUGGCCAACUUUGUGGCCGUGGCUGAGGGCCGACGGAUCAGUAUCGAAGAGAACCGUCCGGUUCUAAUAGAGGCCAUGACUUAUCGGGUGUCCCAUCACUCGACGUCCGACGACUCCAGUGUUUACCGCAGUGUCGAUGAAGUGAAGAAAUGGCAGAAAAACAAUCAUCCGAUCAAUCGAUUGCGUAAACUCUUGGAGAAGAGGGACUGGUUUUCGGAGACCGAAGAGGAUCAGUACAAACAGGAGGUCCGCAAAGAGGUGUUGGCGGCUGUGGUUCGGGCGGAGAAAGUGCUUAAACCCAGCCUUAAGACUAUGUUCACCGACGUGUACGAGGAAUUGCCCGACCAUUUGGCCGAACAGUACCGCGAUUUGGCCGCACACUGCUCUUUAUAG